AUGAGCGGUGUUAAUACUUAUGUAUUGUACAACAAGUGCACAAACAAGGGCGAUAUCAGUCGUUGCCGAUUUUUACUCCUGCUGGCACGUAAAUUAGUCCUCCCAGAAAUGAAAUUACGUGUCUACAAUGAUAGGAUCCCACGAGAAUUGCGGCUAAGUAUCGAGCGAGUUAUUGGACCCGCCGAUAUGCCCGAGCCUCCACCACCAAAAACUUAUUAG